UAGAUGAUACAGAACUAUUAUCAUAUGCAAGACGUAAUGGUGGAGGCAGACGCGGUACAGUGUUAAAGGAGCGGCUUCUGGCGGAGAAGCAUUUGAAACCGCACUCAGUGAAAGUGUAGCUUUCAGGUAAGAAUGAGUUAAAACCUGCCUGAUAUAAAGAAGCUCAACAUACUCCAUUGCUAGACAUUCCAUCUGCUGAAGUUCCCGGACAAACACAAGUUUUGCAGUUAUGAAGUUUCCGGUCUGUAUGGUAACAGUUCUCGCACUGGCAACUUUAGCCACUGCUGAAGACCUACAAGAUAUUGAAGAAAAGAAACAAGAUAAACGUGGGAUUGCAGACAGCUAUAGGACCAACGAACAUGGCAGCGGAUUCGAGACGUACGGCCAUGGUGUGGAAAUCAGCAAACCAGUAGCAAUUCCCGUCCUGAUUCGAGUGCCUCAUCCUGUACCUGUAGCCGUCCCUGUACCUCAGGCCGUACCUGUACACAUCCAGGUACCCGUUCAUGUUCCUGUGAUCAAGCCAGUGGCAGUCCCUGUGGACAGGCCGAUACAUAUCCCUGUAGACAGGCCCGUAGCUGUCCCUGUGGACAGGCCCAUACCUGUCCCAGUGGACAGGCCGAUAGCUGUACCUGUGGACAGGCUCGUACAUGUCCCUGUGGACAGACCCGUACCUGUCCCUGUGGAGAAACCAGUGCCGUACCCUGUGCACGUACCUGUCUACAAACACAUACACCAUUACCCUAAGACAUAUUAUCGUCAUGGUUGGCAUCAUUGAAACAUUCCAGCAGUUCUUCAAGGAAUUUUGAAAAUUGUCGCUGUUGUUUCCACCUGGCGCUGUUGUGUGAACACUCACUUUGCCUUCAGCACGACAGUAGUCAGAUGAGAGUAAAGUGUUGGCCAAUAAAUCUCCCAUUUGAACACUAUCACUCAUAUUAACAUUAACUUGGUUGUGAACAUCAGUUAAUUUUAAUUCGUAUCCUACAGAGCUUAUAUAGGCCUAUUGUAUCCGUCUCAAAACAAUGACUGUUGCAUUUAUGGAAUAUUCUUCGUUCAUUUAAAACUCUGACUAGCGCAGUGUCAAGAUUAUCUGUGGUCCAAACACACAUGAAUCAACGAGAUUCCUACAUAGAAAUGGCGCCAUCGCCGAAAGACUUAUUUAGCGAUCUUGCGGUACAUCAAAUAAACUGUUUUCUCAACAUCAACAACAUGUGAAUCUUUUUUUUAUAUCUAUGAGUUUACCAGAAUUGUAAACGACAAAGGGAUACGAGAACUGAACACACCGACGGAUGAACGAAUAAGUUUUAUUCUCUUCCCCUUGUCUAAAUUGAAGUUCGUGCGCUCCAUAACCACUGAGAACUUGAAGUCUGUAAUGAAUAUUAAAAGUGACUAAUAAGCUAGCAACUUCCACAUUCGUAACCUCUUAACCACAUACUUUAAAUACAAAAUGUUGUAUCUACAAGAUUUAUCAUUACAAAAUUAAUUUUCAGAUACUCUUAUAGGAAAUGCACAUAAUCAAAAAUAUAACUUACGUAAAACUUUGUUUUGAGAGAUGAAUAUUUGUGUUAAGUGCACUUGUUACAUUUUACCAACACGUUUCAUAGCUUAAAAUCGCAUUCUGUUAUGUUCAAUAUACGCUAUAAUUAAAGAAUAUUUCUUCGACUGCGAACAGAUGACUAUUUACAAGUUUCAGGAUAUAAACCAAUAGGUCAUACGUCAGAACUGGUUAUAGAUAUCUUGCACGGUAAAGGAAAAAAACAUGUCGAUACGUAUCGAGUAGUGCCAGUAAGCGAUUACGAUAUCUUGCUAGUCGUGACAAUAAUUCUCUACUCAGUGCAUCGGUAUAGAACCCAACGCUGUCUGAUAUCACGUUCGUUGUGAGAACUAAUCAUAACCAAGCAUAUCGAUUACUGUUCGCAAGGUUAUUCGAUACUUCGUCUAAGAAGUCGAUAUGCAUGAAACGAACGUAGAAAAAUAUAUUUGUAUGACACUUUUUCGUAAAGCAUUACAAGUAAUUUAAAAUACAGACCACAGAAAAUACUGACAUUUUAAAUCAAAGGUACUGGGCGGUGCUGAAACUGCGUUUAAGAAAACAGAAAACGUCCAUUUUAACCAGCUCAAUGUAAGAUCCCUUACCGUCAUUCAAAACGAGUUUUGACUGAUCACAAUGUUACUUUUUUUCGUAAUUUACGAAUUGUUGUCUUGUUUUAUAUGUUAUCUUUGUAAUGAAUUAUUAUAAUAAAAGUUUUUUGUGCUUUAUUA